UAAGUAAUAUUACUUAAACGUUAUAUUAAUAUAAUAUUAAUAUUUGUACUUGAUGAUUGUAAAAUGGCCUUUAUUAUUACCGCAGGCUUGCAAACGAAAAUGAAAAUGCAAUAUUAUUGAAGAAUAAAGUAGAGAGUGGGAGGCAUAAGAAUGGGCUGUGUUUACUUGUGCAGUUUAGUGUUUCACAGACCCUUAGGUGAGAAGAUUAAGUCAUUCGUGUUCAAACGUCGCGUCAUGAACGUCCUAAUCCCACUGGCUUUGUCGGUAUUCUUGCUCAAUCAAAAUAAUGCUUGGUUUAUAAAUCACAAAAAUUCUGGAGGUAUCGAAAAAAGUAAUCUUAAAUCAAUAUGGGAUCUACUAUAUUUUGAUAAAGAAUUAUUGGAACGUAAUAUCCCUAAAGAUAUAUUAAAUAAAAAGAAGGUUAAAAGUUCCGACAUAUUUUCAUCUCUGAUGAAACGAACGCAAACUUCUCUAACUCCAUAUGAAAGUAUUGAUGUUAUGAGUGACUUGAAGCAGUUUUUUGAUAAUAUAAGUGCUAAUGUUAAGCAAAUGAAAGAAAACCAACAAUCCAAAUACAAUAUUCAACGGAAAUAUGAUACAUCUUACCCGGGAAAUUAUUUCCGAGGACGUAAACCAUCGGAUAAUGUGAGGAAUUUUGUGAGAAACGACGACGGGGAAUCAUACCGUGGUACGAAUAACCACGACCCGGGCAUUUUAUGGACUGGACUUGGAAAGAAAAAACGUCGCUAGUAAAUAUACAUGCCAAACUCAAUCAACAGUAUCUAUCAGUUUUCAUCAAUCUUUACUUGCGCCUAUCAUUGAUCCAACAAUGGACUCGGAUCUAUAUAAUUAGCUUGCUAUGCAUUAGUUAUGUUUGUUUUUAAUCCUCAAUUCACUACCUAUUUCAAAUAAAGAUGUCUUCACAACAUACGAAAAAAAUUCUCAUUUAUUUAUAAUAAACAUUGUAAAAAAAAAAAAAUAAAAAUAUUAUCAGCUUUAUAGGUCGAAAUAUAUAAUAUAUCUUUGCCUCGUAUUAUUUAAUAUUUACACGUACCUAUAUAACGAUUCACGACGUAUAGAACAAUACAUUUAUAUACACGACAAUCUCCCCCGAUGCAAAUUUAAAACGCCAGUGUUAUAAAUUAAUUCCAGAUCUAUAUAACUCUACAAGAGUUACUAACAAACUGUGAUGUGAUAUAUAAUAUAUUAUAAUUAUGUGUAUAUUACGACCAUGCUAGAUCGAGUUUCUUCGAACCGUUUACCGUUCCUCAAUAAAGUCAUACAUAAUAUAUUAUAAUGUUUAAUUGUUUAU